UGCAUCUGGUCUGCUGCCAGACCCUCCUCUUUUAGCUUCGUCGAUCCACAUUUAAAACUGACUCGGGAUCGUUUUCAGGAAAACCCCUUUUUUGACACCACCUUCAAAUCGAAAGCGUUUGUUGCUGUUCUCGGAUUUGUUUUUUACUUGUGUUAAUGUUGAUUAUUGUGUCAAUGUCGUUUCUUUUCGUGAAAAAGUUUGACGUUUACAUGUUUGCGGACACAGUUUUCGUUUGCCUGUGUUUAAUGAUUGCGAACGGUGUGUUUGGUGUUGAUGCAGAUGAAGUGAAGUCAGUGUCAGUGAUGGAGGGAGAUUCUGUCACUCUUCACACUGAUCUUACUCACAUACAGAGAGACGAUCUGAUACUGUGGACGUUUGGACCUCAAGAGACUCGUAUAGCUGAAAUACAUGGUUUUGACAUCAUCUAUGGAGAUGAAUUUGAGACCAGAUUUUGGGUGAACAGGUAUACUGGAUCUCUCACCAUAUCAAACAUCACAAUCACAAACUCUGAACUGUAUCAACUAAAGAUCCGCAGUUACAGAGGAGAUUCAGACAAGAUAUUCAGAGUUGCUGUCAAUACUGUCUAUGAUCAUCUGCCAGAUCCUGUCAUCACUAGUUACUGUUCACAGGAUCCUCCAUUAUCAUUAUCAUCUUUUAACUCCAAAUGUGUGUUAUUGUGUUCAGUGAUGAAUGUGACACAUGUGAGUCUCUCCUGGUACAAAGGAAACAGUUUAUUGUCCAGCAUCAGUGUAUCUGAUCUCAACAUCAGACUCUCUCUACCUCUGGAGGUGGAAUAUCACGAUACAAACACAUACAGAUGUGUUAUCAACAAUCCCAUCACAAAACACACACAACAACUAGACAUCAAUGAUGUCUGUCAGCCGUGUUCAAAACUCCGGUAUAUACUGCUGAUAGCUGCUGGUUCUGUGGGGCUGCUGCUGAUUGUACUUGUUAUCACAUGCGUGUGUUGCUGCUUCUACAAAAAGAAAAGCAACCAGGCAAACAGGUCGGAGCAACGUGAUUCGCCCCUCAUCCUCCCCACCACCACCAGGAGGUCCCUGUGAAUAUAACCCCAAUGGUGUUGGCUACGCCCCCGCCUUCCCAUCUCAAGGCGGGAAGUAGAGGACUUCUUGGCCCUCUGGAUGCGAGCCACGGACAGGGCCUACUCCAAAGAACUGUUACCAUCUUAUUAUAUCCAUAUAUAUUCUGUCUAUCAGCUGUCAAAUAAAUGUUGUAUACUCAACUUUGGCCUCCCAGUCUUUCUGGUAGAACAUCUGUCUUCAGAUCCAUGUGAGAAAACUCAUCACUCAUCUGUUCUUCCUGUAUUCUUUCUUUCUUUUUUUUAUUCAGGUUCCAGUCCCUCCAUUAGAAACUGAGAUGUCAUUGAUAGGGCAAAGUUGAAGGCAAAGUUCGUCUACCAUUCACAUCGCAUUAUCUCAUCAUGGCCAAAGACCUUCCUUGAAUUGAAUGUAUGCUGAAUAUUUUGGUGGUCAAGUAUUGAGGCUCAGACAUCCAAUGUUUUCAUCAGUGUCCUCAUUUAUAUUACUUAUCCCAUUUGGGAAUAUGUGGUGACACAUAUUGCUUUGUAGGAAGGUUGUGAAAUUUGGCAAGUUGAUACAAAUAAAAAAAACCAACCAUAGCAAGACAAAUUUGUUUGAUAUUGAACUUCUCAAAUCUCUUCAGUAAAUAACAAAACACUAGCAAAGCUAGCAACUGUUUGGACAAACUUUACCUUAAAUAUAAUACAGUAUAUAUGUAUUUUGUUAAAAUUUUUGUCUGAACACGUGCUGUUGCUUUUAACUUUCCAAGAGGUAAUUUUACAAGCAAAAGUUAGUUUGACAUAUUUAUAGGUUUGUUGGAUUGAAGUGAAGAUUAUACAAGUAAGGACCUUAAACCGAGAUUUACACUAUGCAAUACUGCUAUUCAUUCCAUUAGAUAUGAUAAUCACAAUGGCGUGUUGUUCAUUGAAAUCAAGCCAUGAUAUAAUGACAAUAAUAAAAAUCCUUAUAAUGAAUGAAACCUUAAUAAUUAAUAAUAAUUAAUUAGGUUUAUGGUCAUGCCGAGAUCUGAUUACAUGUACUGUAUAUAUCACUGACCUAUUUUUUAUCAACCAAUCGUAUUAUGUAACUAAAAUGAUGUAUCCACAUUACAGCAAAUUAGCAUGUGAAUAUAUUCAGACAUGAUAAGGAUCACAUUUAUUGCAUGAAGAGGGUAUCAGAGUUUUAUGCAUCCACCUGUUGUGUAGUUACAGUAGUUUUGGCCAAAAGUUAUGAUCUGCUAUAUUAUGGUGUAAGUGAUGUUGUUUACGUUUUGUCGACUGAAUCUACUUAUCAUCUCUAAUGAUGUCCAAAAUCCUUUUAAGACACUGUUUUUUAUUUUUGUUUUUUAUUUUGUUACAAAAUAUCUAUUUGACGUGAAUUGUUAUGGUUUCAUUAAACAAAUCCUUCCUUACUCGA